AUUAUAUAAUUGUUUCUUACAACAUAAAAAAUGGGUAAAGUAAAAAAAAUUGAGGAAAGUAAAAAAAUAAAAGUCAAACGUCAAUUAUUUGUCAAACCUGUAGCUGUUGUUAAACCCUAUGUGCCCGAAAAUGCUUAUAAAGCGCCUCAAAAUUAUGUACCUCAAGUGGUUGAAACAAGACCACUUGAGGAAUCAGAUGAGGAAACAUACGAAGACCAAUUGGAAAUCUACGACGAUAUUCCAGAAAUAGACGAUGAACAAGUUCGCAUACUCGAUGGUAUUAUGAUUCGUAUUGAUCGUCAUUUAAACGACGGCAUAAUGAAUCGAAAUGAACGAUAUUUUUCACUAAAUGGAGAUUUAACAACUAGACGAGUGGUUUGUUUUGGAUGUUGUUUAUGUAAAGGCGAAGAGAGCGAACAUAAUCAUUGUUGCGCAACAACCGUGUGCCCGUACAUACAAGAUUUAUUUGAGCGGUGCCGCGGUUGUUGUUAUUGUAUAUAAAAAUAUAUUUGUAAAUAAAUUGUAUACAUGUAAAUAAAAAAUUCAUUUAUCAAAAUGUCUUUUGAUGCGACGGACGAUUGUUUGUUAUAUUUAUAUCAACUUAAUUUAGAUUUAAAAAAACAUUUACAGGAAACGCAUUUAAAUCAAGGUGUUUGGAUGGAUAAAGUUCUUUUAGCUGAAGAAAGCGAAUUGGAUAGUUGUAAAAGAGUAUACGGUUUUUAUAUUAAAGAUUUAAAAUUGAUAAAGACAUAUCAAAAAGAGUUGAUAGAAGUUCUUGAUUUGCUAUUUAAAUGUCUUCCGCAUCGCGUAUUUUAUCCUGACACGUGUUUUCAUAAUUAUAGUGAAGUCAUUGAACAUUGUCUUGAUGUGUUAAAAACAUUUUAUUAUUAUUUUACGUGUAUAGAUAAAUUGUAUAAAAAAAUAAACUAUGUAAAUAGUUUAAAAAUAAUAGUUCAACAAUUGUGUUAUUAUUGUAAAGGAUUAGUUGGAGGAUUAUAUUUGCAAAAAGAUGUAUUGGAAUGUUAUCAUAUUAUAAAAAAGGAAAGAGACAAUAUAUUAAAUGAAAAAAUUUAUUAAUGUAAAAUUUUGUUUUUAUUCUCAUAAUAAACUUUUAACAAAGUUUUCAAAACUGUUAUUGAUAUUUUCAAAGAGUUCUUUAUUUGUAAAAUUGUUCGUACGUUUUUGAAUUUCUUCGUCUAUAAUAACACCAAUACGAUAAAAUUCUGCCAACACUCUACAACUAUCUGAUCCGUAUCGGUCUUCUGCUAUGUUUAUUAGUAUUCUUGCUUCUUGAGGGUUGUAACUAACAAAUCUGAUUUGAUCAUUUUUAACAAGUUUCAUUUUUUUUUGUUAUGAAUCUAAAAAAAAAUAAAAAAAAAUUUAUUUUGAUAAUACUUGUUUUACAAAAUUAUAAAAGUCUCGUUUAAUUUCUUCUGUUUUCUCAAUGUUUUUAAAAUAGUUUGUUUGUUUUAAAACUUCUUCUUGUACCAUUAAUAAUAUAUUGCCAAACGCUUUUAAUGUUGAUGGAUCAUUAAUCUUUUCAUGUUCAACAUUUAAAAAUUUUGUCAUUAUAUCGGAUUCUUCUCUGUUAAAAAAUAAAAAGUCUUGA